CAGACGCCGUGUUCCCAGCACUUGCUGAGCGCAGGUCGUAGCAGCAACAGUGAGAUUGAGAGCGAGCCGCAUCCUGAGGUGAGCAAGUUUAAACUGGAGUGGAUUGUUGUUCACGUGAUGGCCACCUGCUCUGUGCUGAUUUGCGAGUUGGAACCCAACUAGAAAGGAAAAUGACAUAAGGAACUCACAUGUGAAGGCGUUUGUCCAGCAGAGACAUGUCCAAUGACAGCUGCGGCCUUCCCUUGGACACAGACGUCUUCGGCCUGACUUGCAUCUAUGGCCUAGUCUUCUCCUUGGGCCUGCCCAGCAACCUGCUGUCCCUGUGGGGACUCUACCACCUGGGUCGCACAGGUAACGGAGGCUGCCAGCGAGUCUACAUCCUCAACUUGCUGCUGUCCGACCUUCUGCAGUUGCUCACCCUGCCCUUGUGGAUCCUGUACCUUCAGGGCGGCCACCGCUGGCCCUACGGCCCACUUCCUUGCGAGCUGGUAGGCUACGUGUUCUACGUCAAUGUCUACGCCAGCGUCAUGUUCCUGUGCCUGAUAGCGCUGGACCGCUGCCUGGCCAUCGUGUUCCCAAUAAGCAGCCGCAGGUAUCCAGUCAGCCCCAAAUACGCCCACUUCAAAAUCACCACUGUGGCUCUGGGAUUCCUGUUGCCGUGCACCAUACUUGGCUACACCUCAGCCCACAUCGGAGUGACCCUUCGCCGCUCUCCCUCAUUGUCGGCCCACGAGCGCCACAAAAUUGUGGGCAUCCUGGUGGUGAUCACAGUCAACUUCAUUGCCGUGUUCGGACCCUACCACCUGGUGGGCGGCUACAGAUUUGCCUCGCUGCUGCAGGCUGACGAGCCGUGCGCCCUGGAGCGCUCCAUCUUCCUGUUCUACCGACUGUGCUAUGGGAUGACCAGCCUCAACGCGCUGCUUGAUCCUCUCUUCUACAUUUUUCUGUGUGCCGACGCCCGGUUGGAGCUGCGGAGGUCACUACCCUGCUCGGGCCGGGGCCAAAGCGCUCGCAAACAGAUGACUUUGACCACGACAGUUCACCAGGAAGCCAAGGAACAGAGGGAAAGUGGCCAUAAUAAUCUUUCAGUUGAAUAGAUCAGGUUUGAGACACAGCAAA